GCACCAUAAACGCCACAAACGCCAUCGUCUUGACACAAGAUGGCAACACUGAUAUCAAUGCGAUUGGCAGGACGAAGCUUGUCUCGACAGCUCAAUCGUCGCCAUGGUUGGUUGGCGUCACACUUGUUGUCCUACAACACCGUCCAAGCCACAACAACACUACUACAAGCAAGAUUGUAUAAUACGACAUCUCAUCACUACUACGUCUCACCAGACGAUGAUACAGACCAAAAAGCGCAAGUAGUCCAACCACUCGUAUCCCUUUGUCACGCCCAAUUGCAGUAUCCCCAAAGCACCUUUACACUCCACGCCACUAAGUUGGAUAUUGGCCAUGCUCGUCACGGUGGUCAUGUCAUUUUGGGACCCAAUGGAGCGGGGAAAAGUCUCAUUAGCAAUGCUAUUGCGCAAGCAUUCCAACAGCAUCGAGCUAAACUAAAACGACAGCAACAACCUGCACAUGACGACGACGACGACACAGAUAAUACUACUUACUUUCAGACGGGACACAUGAGUCUGAGUGACGAUCAAGUCUGGCAUGGCCAAGCCGUGGCGCACGUGUCUUUUGAAUCGCACGAGGAGCUAUUGGCACUGCGAGAAGACAAUGAUGAACCCAUUUCGGUCCAAAAAGCCAUUGCCAGUGGUGGGGCACUCAACAAGGCUGCACAAUUCUUGGUCGUACGCUUUGGACUCUUUCCCUUGUUGCAUCGACAAGUCACAUCCCUCAGCACGGGAGAAAUUCGCAAAGUAUUGCUCGUCAAAGCAUUGGCCCAUCGACCGCGAUUGCUCGUACUUGACAAUGCCUUUGAUGGAUUGGAUGUUCCCAGUCGCACGGCGUUGAAGGAUUUGGUCGAACGGACAUUGCAAGGAUUUCGACCGGAUAUACUCGUCCAGGCGGUCGAUGCCAAAGCCACGGCACAUACACAAGUCGUCAUGAUGACGCAUCGAGCCGAAGAAAUUGUGGAUUCCAUGCAGACCGUCAGUUAUCUGGUGCAAAAACAAGAGACCCACGAUGACGGCAAUCAUGUGCAAACAAUAAUCCACACCGAGGAGCGGCAGGGACGAUCCGGGCAGGACUUGUUGCAGCGUGCACUGUUACAGGAUGCUGCCAACAACGAUACUUCAAAGGAAGAAUCGUUGUCGUUGACAUGGCCCGAGGAAAACGACAAUAAUGAUUCCAUGUCGUCACUGCCAAGUCCUCAAACAGUGCAGGCAUGGUGGCAACAGGGGCGUUCCGAAACCACGUCGGUAGUACAACAGAAACCACUGGUUUCCAUGACAAAUCUCACAAUGCAGCGUGGACAGGCAACAUUGCUAAAGGAUUUGAAUUGGACAGUCGAACGGGGACAUCACUGGUGGAUUGCAGGAGGAAAUGGGGUUGGGAAAUCGACACUCAGUCGACUAUUGGCACGGCAACAGCAGCAAAGUGGAAUUGUACAAGGAACCUUGGAGGUCGUUGUUUCGGACGAUAAUGAUGACAAUACUGAAACCGGAGAUCGCCGUCGAAGGGGAGUCGGAUGGGUCUCCACAGAAGAGCACAUGGCAUUGGCAAGGUCGCCACGAUCCAUAAAAGACGUAUUGACCAGCCACUAUGCUGCGACAACAACAACAGCAACCAGCCACAAUGCCACAACGCCUCUUAAAGUCGCAACCUGCGUGUUGCAGUGGCUGGAUAUGCCCGCCCACGACCAGUUUUUGCAAAGACCGUUUGCCCAACUGUCACAGGGAGAACAAAAGCUUGUCUUGAUUGCAGCGGCACUAGCUGCUCGGCCCAAACUGCUCGUAUUGGAUGAACCAUGCCAAGGAUUGGAUGCCAUCAAGCGCAAGAGAGUCUUGCAGUUGGUGGAACGGAUCAUCUCAUCUACCCAAGAAAGCAAUGAUAUACAGCUCAUUUACAUAACACACCACCCGGAAGAGGUCAUGCCCAGUAUAAGUCACGUCCUGCAUUUGGCCAAGGGGCAAGACGUGUUCCAGGGGUCCAGGGACGAGUACGAUGCCGAUAUCGUGGCAAAAAGGGCAGAUUCUGUUAGUAGUGCAAACAACAACACCAGCAGCAGUGCAAAGAAGACACUGGUCUGA